GGGCACAGUCUGUCAAGAGACGAGAGGAGACCGUUGUUUGUUGUUAUGCUCGGAAGUGUUGAGAGCUGUCCUCUGCCCGUCUCCAUACGUUGCUUUUUAAGAGUGACAUUUUAAAGGUUCAACUUCAAAGAAAUAUCUUUUUUUUUUCACCUUUUAAAUUCAACCUUAAAGUCUUGUUCAUUAUAAUAUCACUGCAUCGAGUGAAAAAGAGCCCGGAAACAUGAAAUGGAUGUUCAAAGAGGAUCACUCCUUGGAACAUCGAUGCAUAGAGUCGGCCAAAAUCCGCAACAAGUACCCUGACAGAGUCCCGGUGAUUGUGGAGAAAGUGUCUGGGUCCCAGAUUGUGGACAUCGACAAGAGGAAGUACCUGGUCCCCUCCGACAUCACGGUGGCCCAGUUCAUGUGGAUCAUCAGGAAACGCAUCCAGCUGCCCUCGGAGAAGGCCAUCUUCCUGUUCGUGGACAAGACGGUGCCUCAGUCCAGCAUCACGAUGGGGCAGCUGUACGAGAAAGAGAAGGACGAGGACGGCUUUUUAUACGUGGCUUACAGCGGGGAGAACACCUUCGGUUUUUAAACACAAGAAGCCCUGAUCGUGAUCGGCCUUACCUGCGCGACGACCCCCCCUCUCCCGCCCCCCACAUCUAAUCACAGCCCUCACGCUGCCCCUGGAGAAAUGGCGGGAAACCCCAGAGCGACUCAGAGCCACGAACGCACCAGAAAGACGGACCGACCGCUCCCCUGACUGGAUGAACAUAAACAAAGUGCUCCGGCGUGUUUAUCUGGCUUAUGUUGCACCAGAUCUUUAUCAUAGAUGGAGUUGUGUAUAGUGUGUGCGUUUUCAUUUCAGUUAUUUGUUUGUUUGUUGUGAUUUCGGUGUUUUUAGGAGGAACUUUGAUUUAAUUUUGGUUUGUUUUUCACAUUUUAAAUGAUUUGUGUGACUGAGUUUUGCUUCUAGUUUAUAUGCUUUCCUCUUUGAAGACAAUAUUUAAAAAAGAACAUUUAAUUUAAUUAUUUGAAAUCAAACUAGGAUGACCUAACCAAUAAAAAGAUUAAAAUGAAA